AUGAAAUGUUUUAUACGACUACUAUCUAUAUUCAUUUUUUCAUGUUUAAUAACUAAAAUAAAUUGUAUAAGUUUUAAUUUCGAUAUUAAAUCAAUCACACCACCAGAAUCAUCACUUUCAAAAAGACAGAUUACAACUAUUUUCAAAAAUCAAAAAAAUGUAUUUUUAACAAAUUUAGGAAUUGGUUCAAAUAAUGAUUCAGUAAUAGUAUCAAUAGAUACAGGAUCAUCAGAUUUAUGGAUUAUGUCAAAUCAAGUUACAUGUUUUAAUGUAAGUGAAUUUCAUACAGUCAAUUCUCCAAAUAUUCCCAAAAUUUUUAAUGAUUUAGAUGAAUCAUAUUCAUGUAAAUCAAAUGGAACUUUUUCAUAUGAAAAUUCAAAUACUUUUAAAAAUGAAAAUUCAGAUUUCGUAAUUGCUUUUGCUGAUGGAUCUGCAGCAAAGGGAAUUUGGGGUAAUGAUUCUCUAAUAAUUGGUGAAUCUAAUAUUACUGUUGCAAAUGUAAAAUUCGGAAUUGCUAAUCAAUCAAGUAUUGAUGUUGGAAUUUUAGGGAUUGGAUUUAAAGAUGAUUAUGAUAAUUUACCAAUUUUAUUACAAAAACAAGGAUUUAUUGAAAAUUUACAAUAUUCAAUAUAUACUACUGGAAAAGAUUCAGGAAUAAUUGAUUUUGAUAAUAUAGAUGAUACAAAAUAUGAAAAUGAUUUAGUUACAAUAGAAAUGGAUAAAAAUAUUGGAAUAUAUGUAUCAAAUUCAUAUACAGAUGAUGAAGAAGAACAAAAAAAUUCAAAACAAGAAUUAGCAAUAUUUGAUACUGGAUCAACUUUUUCAACAUUACCAAAAGAAUGGAUUAAAAGAAUAGGAGAAUCGAUAAACGGAACAUAUGAUGAAAAUGAAUUAGCAUAUGAAGUAAAUUGCAAUUUAUUAAAUUCAAAUAAUACCGCUGAACAGCAUUUUAAUUUUACUUUAAAUGACACCGUCUUUUCCAUACCUGCCAGUAAUUUUAUAAUUCAAAAUGAAAGAACUAAUAAUAAGUGUUACUUAGGUAUAAUGGAUGAAUCAAUUAUAGGUGGAGUAAUAUUUGGAUCAGAUAUUUUAAAAAAUUUUUAUUUAGUUUAUAAUUUACAAGAUUCAACUUUAUCAAUAGCUCCAAUAAAAGAUUUAAGUUCAGAGGAUCAAAUUUAUUCUUCUUCAUCACAAAAUUCAGAAAUUUCAUCAACAACUUUAAGUUCUUUAACUACAUCAUCAUCUAUUAAAAUUACUUCAUCAAUCACGUCAUCUAAAAAUGGUGGAUCCAUUAUAAUAUCUGGAUAUUUAUUGACGUUUGUUUCAACUAUAUUACUAUUUUUUACAUAG